UCGCACUACGUUGUGUCGGCGUCUGGUCGUCAGAAACGUGUGGAAUAUGUUUUGAUCAUGUGAGUUUAUAUUGAACAUACAAGUAGACUGUUGCCGAAGAAAGCCCACAUUCGCGGAAGGUUCUUACAUAUUUAAGUACCUUCACGUUGCGAAUAGUUGUUGUAAGCAAGUGAAAAUCAUCAAGAUGGCUAGGAGCCAGAGUCGAAGUAGAGAGCGGAAGAAAGGUGCCACUGAAAAGAAGGAACGUGGAAGAGAUAGACAGAAGAGAGCAGCAUCCAGCAGUAGUGGAAGUAGCUCCUCUUCAGGUUCAAGAAGCAGAUCAGGUUCAUCAUCAUCGUCAUCAGGAAGCAGCAGCUCUGGCAGCAGCAGCUCAGGAAGCAGUUCCCGAUCAGGGAGUUCUAGCUCAAGCCGGUCAUCAUCAAGUAGUAGCUCUGGUAGUAGUCGCAGUCGCAGCAGGGGACGCAAAUCAUCAUCUCCACGCAAACGCAAGCGUAGCCCCACUCCCAAGCCAUGCAAAGUUCACGUUGGUCGACUGACCCGAAAUGUGAACAAGGAACACAUUCAGGAGAUCUUCUCUGUGUAUGGCACCAUCAAGAAUAUCGAGAUGCCGACUGAGAGAGUUCACCCAUACCACAGGGGCUUCGCUUAUGUGGAAUACGACGGCCCUGAGGAAGCAGAGAAGGCAAUCAAAUACAUGGAUGGAGGUCAGAUUGAUGGACAAGAGGUGACGGCAGCUGCUGUGUUGGCACCAAGACCAGUGCCACGCCCUCCUCCACGUCGUAGUCCUCCACGUCGACCACCCCCAAGAUGGAGGCAGUCCCCUCCAAGAUACAGAGACAGAAGGAGAUCUCCUCCCCCACGACGACGUUCACCACCAAGACGACGGUCUCGGAGCAGGUCAAGGUCACCUGCAAGACGCAGACGGUACAGUCGAUCCAGUUCCAGCUCAUCCCGAUAGUAUUGCGACUUGUCACCACUGACCCAUUCCUUAAACGUAUAUUUUCAUGUCUUGUUUGGUUGUAAACAACGAUUUUAGCUCUAAUGUCUUCUAGUUUCCAUGUACCAUGUAUACAACCUAUAAUUAUAUUGUGUUUAGGUAUCAAAAUUUGGCAGUGGAAUCAUCUGUUACACAAGACAUGUUACAAUACAAUGUUGAUGUGUAUACAGUCAUGAUUUCGAGUGAUUGAAAACGUUUCCAAUGACAAAUGUUACCACGUUGGUUUUGUGACAAACAAUAAAGCUGAUAUCUUGAAAUUCCUGGCAUUGUGAGAUAUCUAUUAACACAGCACAGAAACAAACUACCAGUAGCGACCAUGAAUAUUCUUGGGGAUAUAUUUUUGUAGAAUUUAUGUAUGAUUACAUGAAAUAUCCUGAAAAAUAUUUGUGAUGCCUUACUAUAUUUGUUAUGAUAGUUCUUGUGUCAAAAAUCACUGCUUCAAGAUAUUUCUAAUUUUGAUUUAUUUGAGUUAGACAUUAUUUGAAUAGCAAUGUCGAGACUUGCUAUUCACAGGUACAAUAUUAUGUUCUACAGGUAUCAACUAGUUGAUGUAUCAAACCAUUCAGUUGUAGGGAAAUUGUCCUUAAUUUGUAAUCAUGUUCAUUUUAUUCAUUAAAGAUUUUACAUCAGAUAUA